AAACUAAGUUUUGCAACGUAAUGACUAUCGUAUUAAAUCUUCCGGUCUGUGUUUUGUUUUUACUCGGUACUUUGGUACCCAGCAACUCUCAGAAAUGGAUCCCAUAUGCGAAUCCUUUGGAUGAACAGUCGCAGCUACAGGAAAUUGGAUUAAGCGAUCAAAAUCCGGAUAAUUUUGAGCAGUCGCAAUCUCAAUCACAAGAUCAGAUAGUUGCGCAGAUUCUGCCAUCUGAUGCUUCUCUAAGUGGAGGGCAACCACCUAAUAAUAUUAUACAACUUGUGGAUGAAGGGAUGGAUCGACCUUUGCUCCUACAGCCACAAAAUCGCCCAAUCGAGACUGUCGAUCAAUCACAGAACUUAAUUCAGAGGAAGUUACAGUCACAGUCGCAGGCACAAGCGCUGGCCGAGUCACAGGCACAGUCACAGGCUCAGUCACAGGCUCAGUCACAGGCUCAGUCACAGGCUCAGUUACAGGCUCAGUUACAGGCUCAGUCACAGGCGCAGUCACAGGCUCAGUCACAGGCUCAGUUACAGUCUCAGUUGCAAUCACAGAUACAAUCACAGUUACAGUCUGAUUUACAGUCCCAGUCGCAGUUACAGGCACAACUCCAGUCUCAGUUAGAUGCACUUAAACAACAGUCUGGGCUCCAGAAGCUCGCAUUUGGUCAGUUGAAACCCCAAGUAUCCGAUCAACCAAUUUUAAUCUUAGAUUCCAUACCAAAACCACGACCUCAGUUUGUACUACUUCCUCCUCAGAAUGGGCCAGUUCAGCAGGACCCAAAUCUUCGUUACGUGAUAAUUCCGAGUCCGCCAAAACGUAAACGCCGAAUUUCACCUGAUAGCAGCACAAUUCCCAAGGUUUAUAUAUUGACUCCAGACAAACAGAUAAAAUCGAACACCAGUAUUAAUAUUGAUCAAUUACUAAAGUUGUAUAAGUACAAAACGGAUAAGGAGCGCAAAAUUGCCGAAUUGAAAAGACAGAUAAAGGAACUAAAGAAACAAAAUCUUUUUAAUUUGGUUCCGGCUCUUCAGCUAAGACCAGCAAUCCCAGCCAUUGAACUCCAAUUACCAGUAGAAUCACAGUCCGAAAUACAAUCCCAAAUAGCAUCACAGCAAUCAGGGUCAUUAUCCCAAUUACAGUCGCAGCAAAAUUCAAAGUCUUCGGGAUCACAGUCAAACGCUCAAUCAUCUGGAUCACAGUCCCAGUAUCAGUUACAGUCAGAUUCACAGUCGUCUGGUUCACAGUCCCAGUUGCAGUCACAGUCAAACCCUCAAUCAUCUGGAACGCAAUCCCAAUUGCAAUCACAGAAUAGAAGAUUACAAUCCCAAUUGCAAUCACAGAAUAGAGGAUCACAAUCCCAAUUGCAAUCACAGAUAAACCCUCAAUCAUCUGGAUCACAAUCCCAAUUGCAAUCACAGAUAAACCCACAAUCAUCUGGGUCACAAUCCCAAUUGCAGUCACAGAAUAGAGGAUCACAAUCCCAAUUGCAGUCACAGAAUAGAGGAUCACAAUCCCAAUUGCAAUCAGAGAUAAGCCCACAAUCAUCUGGUUCACAGUCCCAAUUGCAAUCACAAAUAGACUUACACUCUGAUGCCUCACAGUCCCAGCUGCAGUCACAGUUAGGCUAUGAUUCAACUGGAUCACAGUCCCAAUUGCAGUCACAGUUAGACUCACAAUUAUCUGGCGCACAGUCUCAGUUGCAGUCACAGUUUAAUUCCCAGUCUUCAGAAUCACAGUCCCAAUUGCAGUCACAGGCCAAAUUCCGGUCUUUAGGAGCCCAGUCCCAAUCGCAGUCACAGCUUAAUUCCCAGUCUUUAGGAUCACAGUCGCAAUCGCAGUCACAGCUUAAUUCCCAGUCUUCAGGAUCACAGUCGCAAUCGCAGUCACAACUUAAUUCCCAAUCUUCAGGAUCACAGUCGCAAUCGCAGUCACAGCUUAAUUCCCAGUCUUUAGGAUCUCAGUCCCAAUCGCAAUUACAGAUAAGGUCACAGCUAGGAACACAGACUUUAGAGUCACAGUCUCCAUCCGAGGUGCUACUACACAUUCAGGGGCCUUCCACAUAUCAGGACAAUUUGGCUGAAUCGAAUAUACAGACGCAAAAAAAUCGAAUCAAUGUGGUUACGCCUGAGUACAAAGUAUUCAAAACACCAAAUUACCUUACCCAGGAGGACAUCUUGGAUAAUACUAAGCUGACAACUGUUGAUCUGAUUGAGAAGUACGGCUAUCCAUCUGAGACCAAUUACGUGACCUCCGAAGACGGCUACAGGCUUUGUUUGCAUCGUAUUCCGCGUCCUGGGGCUGAGCCAGUUUUGUUGGUCCACGGCCUAAUGGCCAGCUCUGCCUCAUGGGUGGAACUUGGGCCCAAGGAUGGACUAGCAUAUAUCCUUUACCGCAAGGGUUACGACGUCUGGAUGCUGAAUACCCGUGGCAACAUAUACUCCCGCGAGAAUUUGAAUAGACGCCUCAAGCCGAAUAAGUACUGGGACUUCUCCUUCCACGAGAUCGGCAAGUUUGAUGUGCCCGCUGCCAUUGAUCAUAUUCUGAUUCACACACACAAGCCAAAGAUCCAAUACAUUGGCCAUUCGCAGGGCUCCACCGUUUUCUUCGUCAUGUGCAGUGAGAGACCCAAUUAUGCACAUAAGGUGAAUCUAAUGCAGGCACUUUCUCCAACGGUUUAUUUGCAGGAAAACCGCAGUCCAGUGCUAAAGUUCCUCGGAAUGUUCAAGGGAAAGUAUUCGAUGCUUCUGAACCUCCUGGGCGGUUACGAGAUCUCAGCGAAAACGAAGCUUAUCCAGCAGUUCCGCCAGCACAUAUGCUCCGGCUCGGAGCUUGGCAGCAGCAUCUGCGCCAUCUUUGACUUUGUGCUCUGCGGAUUCGACUGGAAGAGCUUCAAUACGACCCUCACUCCCAUCGUGGCUGCCCAUGCCUCCCAAGGCGCCUCCGCCAAACAGAUCUAUCACUAUGCACAGCUCCAGGGCGACCUGAAUUUCCAGCGUUUCGACCAUGGAGCGGUACUGAAUCGCGUUCGCUACGAGUCCAGCGAGCCACCAGCCUACAAUCUUUCGCAGACGACCAGCAAAGUGGUCCUCCAUCACGGCGAAGGCGACUGGCUGGGAUCCACAUCGGAUGUGAUCCGGCUGCAGGAGCGUCUGCCCAAUCUCGUCGAGAGCCGGAAGGUCAAUUUCGAAGGCUUCUCUCACUUCGACUUCACGCUCUCCAAGGAUGUUCGUCCUCUACUCUACAGUCACGUCCUGCGGCACUUGUCAACCAGUCUCAGUGGAUAGAACAUUUUCGGCAUGAAACCCUUGAAAGUGAACUUUAGGUUUCAAGAAACGAAUAAUUGGAAUAAAAAUCUAGAUUCACCAUAAUAUGAGUGAAACUUUUAAAUAUAU